AUGCAUUCUAAGAAAUUCACUGUGUCUGGUGUAGCAGCAGUAAAUACAUUAAAAAAGUAUUCAAUUAGUGACCGAGAAAUUUUGGAUAAAAGAGUUAAAACCAAUCCUCGCUAUGCUGAUAUUCGUCCUCGAACAAACACAGGAUUCAACACACAUCGACGACAAGAACUGGAGCAUGAAAUCCGCAAGUAUUAUAAAGUUAGAAAUGAUGAAGUCUUUAGACGCAUCUCAUUGGCAGAUUUGUUGCAGUUGAUGGUUGCCCAUGCAGAGGAUACUGAAGCAGCUGUGUCCUACCAGUAUGAAACAAACCCAGCUUCUGAUGUCAAUGGUUCUGAAAUUCCCAUUAAAUAUAGAGAUGAAGUUGAGUUGGUUGUACACAAAAUGACCCAGCUUGAGAUGGAAACAAAAGUCAGGAGUCCUGAUUGCCCUUAUGUGAUCAUUGAUGUGCGUCCAUAUAACGAAUAUGAAAAGGAUCACUUGGCCACUGCUGUAUGUCAUCCAUUUUCGCGAAUGUCAAGAGCUGUAGGGUGGGAAUGUCCAGCUAUGCUUAUUUACAAAAACCACCCUGAAUUUAUUAUUGUAAUUUAUGAUGAAGGAGAAGAUGUUGGGCCUGAGGUUGUUGCCACAUUGCAGCAUCGUGGGUAUGAAAAUGUGUUUCUUUUAAGUGGAGGGCUUCGCUUAGCUCGAGAUAAAUUUGGGCCUCCUUUAGUUACAAAUGAAAUCUCAACUAUUGUGAAACAAGAGGUUAUAGAGGCUAUUACUCUACAGUUGUCUCACAUUGUUUUACCACCAUUAAGUAUGGCAGAAGCAUCAGACUGGUGGGAAGCCACAACUAAACUUCCAAAUGCUUCAGACUCAGCAAAUAACGAACUAUCUAACAGGACUUCCAUGCCCUCCACUGGACGACAGACUUCCAGAUCACAAAUAAAAACAAAAGAUGGUCAGUCAGUUCCACCUUGGCGCUAGAGACAUGAUAAGCUCUCUUCACAUCAAUUAUAUAGGUUGUAAAGCAUAACUCUUAAGUUUUUAUUAUUUUUGUAUACUAGAACAUGUCAAAUUUUACUGGGAUCAGAGUUUUUCUGCCGUAAUAAUUAGUUGAGUGGCUAUAGUGCUGUAAGUGUGUCUGUUCAACAUUUUUAUAAAUGCAAGUGUAUGCAGUCUUUUCAGGAUGAAUUAUUAACAUUUUCAAGUACAGGCAGUCCCUUCUCACUGGCAGCAUCAGUUAAUGGCUUGUCAGUAACAACGCUUGGCGAACGAUUUCGUUAACCAGAUUUUCACCACCAGGAAGCUGUUUAUUAGCAUGAGUAAGUGGUUUAUUGGUGUUAGUAAGCAGUUUAAUGGGGCUGAUAACUGGUUAACAGCACUGCUAAGUGGUCUAUUGGCACUUACGGUGCCAUAAAUGCCAUUUAUUACCAUAAUUAUUGUGGUGAUAUGGUUAACGAUGAUUUUUGGUUAUCAGCGCUUAGCCAGGAACAGAACCCUUGCCAUUAACCAGGGACUGCCUGUACAAUACUGUGCUGUCACUUUUCAUUUGUGAUAUAUAUUUUUAUCUUCAUAUGAAAAGUCAUUUUUUUUUGUACUGAUGUCUUCCUAAGAACCAGGGAUACUGGUGAAGGAAAAGACCCAUAUGAUUAAGAAGAAAAUUUAGGAUUAGGAAAAGUUGCUCUCAGGUGUUUUGACCAUUGCUUGAUGAUAUUCAGUAUAAAGGUUUGCACAGGUAAUAUCUGUAAUGACAAACUGUAAGUUGAGUACUGCUAUAUUACUGCUAUAUAUUCACAGCAGUAGAUUUUCUUAAUGUAUAAAGCUCUUUUGAAGGCUAUAAGUUACAUAGAAAGCAUUGAGUUCACCAGAAUUUUCCUGAAGAUAUAUAUAUUGUUCUUUUAAAAUAAAUGUUCAGUUUCAUGUUUAUGCAUAUUUGUGCAUUUUGUUAUCACUAAGUUGUUGAUUUUUUCAGAGUAUAGGGUCUUCCUUUAUUGUAUAUGAUUCCUUCCCUUUCUGACAAAAAGUAGGUUGGUUCAUUACUCAAUACAGCAUGCAUUGUGAUUUAUAGCAAGUGCCAUUGCACUAAAUAUUAAUUUUGAAUUUGAAUAAGGCAAGUGCAUACUGAAGUUGUAAUGAUGAAGAUUUCACGUCAGUGGGAAGGACAUGCAAGUUUGAAAUUGAGAUAUUGCUAGUACAGUAGACUGCCACGGAUUCAUGACAGAUGUGUACCACAACCCACUUUGAAUAGCUAAAGUCCACGAAUACAGUAGUACAGGCAGUCCCUAGUUAACGGGGGGAGGGGGUUUCUGUUCCCGGCCAACACUUCUGACCGAAAAUCUCCGCUAACCGAAAAUCAGCGAUCACAGCACUAAUAACCCACUAAAUGGCACUGUUAACCAGAUAUCAGGGCUGUUAACUAAAGAUCAGUUCUGCUGUUAACUAAAGAUCUGCACCGCCAACCGGAGAUCAGUGCCAAAAGUCCAGUUAACAGUGUCGCUGGACAAAUACCAUAAAACCGGAUAGCCAUUAACUGAUGCCACUGUUAGCCCUUGCCUGCCUGUACCUCAGACUUCAAACUUAAUUGGUUCCAGAAGGCUGGUCAAAAUGCAGUUUUCAAAAUAUGAAACAAAUAUCCCAUAAGAAAUAAAGGGAAUCAGGGUAAUUCGUUCCAGCCAACCCAAAAAGCCUCCCCUUUUCUAAUUUUUUUUAUUAUAAUAAUGUUCAAAAGGAAACGGAAAUGGUCUUAUUAGGCAAAGGUUGGCAACAAAUUACUUUUAUUAAAAUUUUACAAGGAUAAUUAAAGGAAUUGUUCGUGUGUUGUGUGUGAGAGAGAGAGAGAGAGAGCGAGAGAGAGAGAGAGAGAGAGAGAGAGAGAGAGAGAGAGAGAGAGAGAGAGAGAGUAAUCAGCAUGUGUGAUUGUUGAUGUGUAUACACUUGGAUCUUAAGUGCAAGAAGGAGAUUAAUUAUGCUGCAACACAUCAACUUACUGUUAGCAAAUGGCAGAAUUUCAAAUAAACAACUUACUGUUAUCAAAUGGCAGAAUUUAAAAUAUACGUGACAAUUUUGCAAACAAAUAGGUUUUAAGUAAAGAAUGUAACUAAGCAAAGGAGAGAGAAAGAGAGAUUAAAUCACUUUCCACAAGAAAGUCAUUUAAACAAAAAAUCAAAGGCACACAGCAGCUGAACGCAACGCUAGUGUGUUUAUUAUGGAGCCGAGUUACUUUUACAGUGUUAAAAAAUCGUAAAUAGCAAGUGUCACUUGAUGGGUAUUUUACCGUAACAAAAAGAAGUGAUUUGGGCAAAUUGAGUAUAGGUAUUUUACCCAUAACAAAAAGAAGUAAUUUGGGCAAAUUGAGUGUGGGUGAAAGAAAUGGGCAAAUAAUCAUCCCAGCCCAGCUGGUAAGUCAGUGGGAAGCAGACCUCUAUCUCCCACCCAAUAACCCACCACCAUCCCUUUCCUCUCUAUUGUCUCAUUUGUUGCAUUGUACCCUGCCUUGAUCAAGCAAGACUUUAUUUUUUAUUGCUAUAUUGUAUUUGAUUUUUUUCAUGUGUCAUUAUGAUAACCCUUAAAUGCCUAAGCGGUAUUUUAAAAAUCGUCUCCCGUAUGCCGGCGGCGUUCGCAAGUGAGCGCCGAAGCGGAAACAUUUUUUUUUUUUUAAAUCACAGCACGCUUAGUUUUCAAGAUUAAGAGUUCAUUUUUGGCUCCUUUUUUUGUCAUUGCCUGAAGUUUAGUAUGCAACCAUCAGAAAUGAAAAAAAAAAAAAUACAUUAUCAUAUAUAAAUACAGUUGACCCCCCGUAUUCGCAUUCUCCGGAUUCGCGGACUCACACAUUCAUGGAUUUCUCUCGGGAACGUUUCCCUGCAUUAUUUGCGGAAAAUUCGCACAUUCGCGGUAUUUUUCUAUGAGAAAUAUCCACAAAUUCCUGGAUUUUGUUAUCAAUUUCAUCAUAAAAUGCACUUUUUGUGAUAAAACUAUUAAAAAAACCAAGUAUGAAACUUUUUAGUGGUUUUUCUUAAGUUUUAACUAACAAAAUAGGCUGUUUUUAGCGUUUUUAUAAGGGUUCCAAACAUUUGCGGAUUCUAACUAUUCGCGGGGGGGUCUGGUACGCAUCCCCCACGAAUACGGGGGGACCACUGUAUUGGGAUAUAUGACAGCGCAAAAAAAUUUCAUAUAUAAUUGUAUACAAAUCGCGCUGUGAGCAAAACGGUUAAAG